GUGUCUGUCCUGCUUUUGUAACCCUGCUUUUUUUAAUGCGCUAUCGCUUUCCCGUUUCUCAUCAAAAAUAUCAAAAAGGGAAGAAUGAUGAGUUUAGUUUACUAGAGGCUAGACUACCUUCAUGCCGCCUUUACGUGUAACCAAACAGCAAUAAUAAGAUAUAAAAACAGAGUGCGAUGAAGGUGUUAAUGCAAAUUAUUGUAUUUUAUUGUUCGUGUACUGUCUGUCUGGAACCUGUUACAGCAGGAUUUGCAGUUGCUGGUUUAGUUGCUGGUUUGUCAGCUGGUUAUUGGAAAGGAGUGUGUCAUUUCAAAGAGUGCUGCACAAAAAAAUGGACUAAUCACAACAUAACUGAACUUUAUAAAACCUUUGAUGCAGAGUUGUUUGGGCAACAUCUUGUAAAAAGGCCAGUUUACAAAGCUGUAUUGGGACAUCUUCAGAAUGACAACCCAAAGAAAGCACUGGUAUUGUCGUUUCAUGGAUGGACCGGAAGUGGGAAGAACUAUGUUGCUGAUAUGAUAGCUAAGCAUGUUUAUAGGGAAGGGUUGAACAGUCAGUUUGUGCAUAAAAAAAUAGCAACAUUAAAUUAUCCACACAGUGCUGACCUAAAUAAGUAUAAGGAUGAGUUAAAAAAUUUCAUACAGAGACAAACCAAGAAUUGCGAACGUUCGCUUUUUAUUUUUGAUGAGAUGGAUAAAAUGCCAAUUGGCUUGACAGAUGUUCUAAAACCAUUUCUGGAUUUUCAUGUCAACAUAGAAGGACAAAACUAUCGCAAAAAUAUAUUUAUAUUUUUAAGCAAUACAGCUGGCGAUCAUAUCAACAAAAAAACAUUACAACAUUUCCAAUCUGGAAGAGCUCGAGAGGCACUUUCAAGUAAAGAAAUGGAACAGAUUUUAUCAAUAGCAGCAUUUAAUAUGGACGGUGGUUUGCAUAGAUCUGAGUUAAUUUUAGCUGGGUUGGUAGACCAUUUUAUUCCCUUUUUACCAAUGGAAAGAAAGCAUGUGAUGCUGUGUGCUGAAGCUGUAAUAAAAAAACGAGGUAAAAGAGUUCAGAAAGUUGUACUGGAAGAGGUUGCAAACGAACUACAUUACUUUCCCAACGAUUUAAAUAUUUAUUCCAAAACUGGAUGUAAACAAGUGGAGAAAAAAGUUGAUGGAUUUAUAUAGCUUAAAAUGUUUCCUAAUUCUUUUUUGCUAUUAUUAACAGAUAUUGUAGGAAAGCUGGUUUUACCUUUAAUAUUUAUAAACUUUGUCAUACGUGAGACAAUUCUGUUUUCUACCAUCACUGCUAUGUGCUUUUGAUAUUAAUCUUACUGAGAUUCCGUCAAUUUGCUGUAUUUUGGUGCUUAUCGAUAAUUUACAAUAUUGCUUAUGCAUCUUAUAUAAGAUGCAUAAAAAAAAUUAAAAAUUUCAGUUGAGUAUAAAAUAUUAUGAAGUGCAAUUUUAACAGUAGUCUAGAUUUUAAAGCGAAUAGGCAGUCGGUUUUUACACACAAAAGUUUAUCAUUAUUCCAAAAUUCUAAUUAUAUGGAAAAUAGUUUGUUUAUCAUAUUGUGUAUGAUGCUUUUGUUGUAGUGCUUUUAAUCCAUUAACAUCUUGUAUAUUUUUACAUCCGUCUUCGAUAACUUAUGCACAAAUAUUGCAUUGUUACGAUUACACUAACAAAAGUUUUUUUGUAUUUCCACUGGAUACACAUGUUUUAUCAGUGUGUUUUUAGUUCUAACUUUUUACGUUGGGUAUGCUUGAUGACAAUAUUAAGAUACAUGAUUUUAAAGUUUGCAUACUUUUUUUUAUUAGAACAAGAUUAUAUAAACACAACGAGACUAUGAUUUGUCGAAAAGUUAAAACAAAUAAGAGUAAUACCAACGCUGAA